AUGUCUCUCUAUGAGCGUGUGGCAGCUGUUAGUGAGCGACACAAUCAAAUCCUGGAGAAGAUCAAAGCCGUGGAACACGCACCCAGCACUCUUAAGUCCCAUGAAGCAUAUCUAUCCGAUCUCAAAAGUCAGAUCGUGCAGACCAACAAGCGUCUCGAGAAGUUGGCCAGCGUUACCCAGAUUGAACGCGAGCAACAUGAGAAAUAUAGGGAUAGCACCGUCCGCCGACUGAUGUACAGUGCAGUUGGCAAACGGGCGGAUUUCGAAACCAAAGCUGAAAAUGAGAUGCGGGACUACUAUGACGCGCUUCAGAAGGAAACCGAAAUUAAGGCACAGAAAGAGACGCUCGAAUCGCAAAUCCAAGAAGCAAUCCGAGUGCAGAAGGAGCUCCAGUCCGCAAGCACCGAGUGCUCCCAAUUGCACAAAGAGCUCAAGAGCAUGUAUGAACGGCUGUUUGAAGGGCCCACAGCUGAAUUCCCGGAAGAGGACGCACAGGAAGAGGCUACAAAAGCUGCCCAAGCACAUUACGACGAGCUGAAUCGAUCCUUGAAUAACACUCGCCAGGCAAUGCAGUGCCUUGCUGAAGCACAAUUGAUGAUCAAACGCGCUCUGCUCGAGGUCAGUGAGGCGCUGCGGUAUUGUGACCAGGAUCUCUGGGGACUCGGAAGCACCCUCGCCGACACCGGACAACGAAGCUCACUCUCCAAAGCGCAGGCAGCAGUGAGCCAGACCCGAAUGCUGGUUUCUCAGGCCCGCAGGCUAGAUCCGUACAUACAAUCGCUCCCCGCAAUGAACAUUGCCCAAGGCAAUAUGAUCACCGGCAUUCUUUUUGAUAACUUCUUCCAAAAUAUUAACUUCAUGGCCAUGAUCCAGCAAUCCUUUGAGGAAGUAAAGCGGGCCGAGUCAGCCCUUGGAGCGGAACUCCGGCAUGCCAAACGUCGCGAAGCCGAUAUGCGAGAUGAGGUCAGGUCUGCCGCAUCUGAUCUCGCCAGUGCUCAGAAGGAUCUUCAGCGGAUUCGAGAAGAGGCUUUCAUGAAGGCCGCGGAUCCCCCUCCCCCUUAUAUGGAGCAGACCGCGGGGUCACCUCGCCUGCAGGUAUGA